UUAAAUGCUUCACCGUUUGCUUUUGUUAAAUUACAAGGAACAUUAUCUUUAACAUAAAGCAACAAUCCUAAUAUAGUCUGUAGCACAUACAAGAAGAUAUAUAAUACACUGAUACUUGGUUCAGUUGCCUGGAAAAAUGGCUGCGGGAAGGAAUCGACUUGUCUUCAGCUUGUUGGUACAACACUUUGUGCUGCUACAAGGAGCCAAGAUCCUGACAGUAUGCUUUUUAGGUGGAAGUCAUUAUCUCUGGAUGGAUAGAAUUUCACAUGUUCUUCACGACAAUGGUCACAAAGUAACAAUGUUCCGUCAGCUUGCAGAUGGAUUGCUACCAGAUUACCAGAUGCAGGAGAGCCCUUACAGAGUCAUCACCUGGUCCCUGGAUGAGGAAUAUCUGAAAGAAUUUAGUGAGUUUUUCAGAGAGAGCAAAUAUAACUUUAAGGGAAGCGAUGAGCUUUCUUCUUAUUUGGCCUUCCUAACCCAUAUGUCACGGCAGUGCAAUAUGGUAUUUAACCAGAAGUCCAUCAUGAACCUAUUAAAGAAGGAGAAGUAUGAUAUUGCAGUGAUAGAUUCUUUCAAUCCUUGUUCCUUUCUGGUGUCUGAGAAGUUAGGAAUCCCCUUCAUUGCUAUUCACACCUUGGCAGUUAAGAAUGCUUGGCAUUCAGGAAUACCAAACCAGCUGUCCUAUAUGCCAGUGUAUCAGUCCCAAUUUACGGACCACAUGGACUUCUUUGAACGGGUGAAGAAUGUUUUUAUGUACAUUGACUCAGCUGUAUUGGAGAGAAAAAUUCACUCAUUGUUUGAUGAUGUCAUUGAAGAACAUUUCCCAGUAGGUUCUAGACCAUCCCUUGUAGAACUCAACAAGAAAACAGUACUCUGGAUGUAUAAUACAGAUUUUACCCUUGAAUUUCCUCAUCCCUUUUUUCCAAAUGUUCUGUACAUUGGAGGUUUAUUGGCAAAACCAGCAAAGCCUGUUUCAGAGGAAUUGGAACACUUUAUCUCUCAGUCAGGAGAGCAUGGGUUUAUCAUUGUGACAUUUGGCUCAAUGAUAGCGUCCAAUCCUCUUACUGAGUUUGUAAAGGAAAUGAAUGACGGGUUUGCAAAUAUUCAGCAAAAAGUAAUCUGGCGAUAUCGAAUAUCAGAGUGGCCGAAAGAACUGCGAUUGGCUCCAAAUGCUAAAAUAAUGAAUUGGAUUUCUCAGAAUGAUCUCCUGGGACACCCAAAGGCUCGCCUUCUGGUCACUCAUGGAGGAAUAAAUAGCGUGCAGGAAGCUAUCUAUCAUGGGGUACCUAUGGUGGCAAUCCCUCUUUUUGGAGAUCAGUUUGACAAUGCAGUUCGGAUAAAAGCAAAACAUUUGGGAACAUUUAUUCCAUCAGAGGAACUCAAAGCUGAGAAAUUGGCAAAUGCAAUUAGGCACAUAAUAGGAGAUGAAAGCUACAAGAACUCAACAUUGUACCUAAGCCUGAUACAUAGAUCACAGCCUUUUCCAAAGGACCAACAAAUAUUGCGAUGGGUGGAGCACAUUGUAACAGUUGGUGGAACCAAUCACCUUAUUCCAUAUUCCUACCAGCAACCCUUGUAUCAGCAGUAUCUUCUGGACGUUGUUCUAUUUGUGUGUGUGUGCUUCAUUGGGGCCUGUUACCUCAUUGUGAUGCUACUGAAGAUAUUCAUCCAAAAUCUUUGCUCGGUCAGAAAGUUAAAACAAAAUUAAAGGUGUUGGUCACCUUUAAAGUAACUGCAGAGAGUGAUAUUCUAAGACAAUUUGCA